GUACUGUGUUCCUUCUCGGUCACUUUGGACCCUCUGUGAGGAAAGGGAAAGCAAAGCGACCAGGCGGCAGAAAUGGAGAGCAAAGGGACUGGGAGGGUAAACGAAAACGUUCAGGAGACAUGGCGUGGCAACAUGACAAAAUAAGAGGACCUCAGUUCAGCUAAAGGACUUUCUUUGCAGAACAAAGUCAAGGCUGGAGGGUCGAGCUGACUGUUUGGAGGAUUUUUUGAUUUCGCUCAGGGUUUUUUUGUCCCUCCUCGUAAUCAGAGCGCACACAACGUUAGUGUUGGGCAGGAUCUGCAGAGAGAAGUGUGAGGCUACAAACAGUCUGACAGGAGAAAAGGCAGCUCAGUAUGAGUCGAGAUGGGUGGAUGAAGAAGAAAGCCAAUGCCAGUGGGGACAAUGGUUGGGCUGAAAGGGGCGGCUACAUGGCUGCUAAAGUUUCUAAACUGGAGGAGCAGUUUAGACUCGAUGCCCCCAGAGAAAAGCAGAAGGACGGCUCAUGCACCAACAUCUUCAGUGGAGUGGCUAUCUACGUCAACGGUUACACAGACCCGAGUGCAGAUGAGCUGCGCAGACUGAUGAUGCUGCAUGGUGGCCAGUUCCACGUCUACUACUCUCGCUCCAAGAUCACCCACAUCAUCGCCAAUAACCUGCCAAACAGCAAAAUCCAGGAGCUGAAGGGGGAGAAGAUCAUCAGACCAGAGUGGAUCACUGACAGUAUCAAGGCUGGGCGUCUCCUGCCCUACCUGCAGUACCAGCUGUACGCCAAACAGAAAGGUCCACUCUUCCCUGGCAUGACCCCGCGCCAGAACUCUGAGAUCCCCGGACCCAGCCAUCAAAAGCUUCACCCACCACAGCGCAGCGUUCAGCACUCCGCUCUCAACAAUGAGCAAUCAUCCAGCUGCCAAAACAACUCCCUCCCUGACCCUGGCAACAGUCGACUUCACCAAGGCAACAUCCAACCUCAGUCCAUCCUGCAGAGCUCUGCAGCUCGCUCCUUUAACCCCAAAUCUAGUCACUUAGCACCCAGUCACCUCAGUGCAGAUCCCAGGCACAAAAGCUCUUUAUACACCUACACUGCUCCCUCCAUACACCCACAGAGACCCCCUCAGACUUCUCUUCAAACACCUCAUCCUAUUCUCCAGCACCAGAGAGCUGGCCAACCACAACCUCAGAUUAACUCUUCAUGCAACAGUGCUCUGAGCAGCUGCAAACAAGGGGAGCUGAAAAUAAACGGAUCACUGCAAACCUCACUGGACUUAAUGAGCCAUUCAAAAGUGAAUGAAAUGCAAGAGUGUGGCAGAGAAGAUCGUCUGCAGCAGGUGGUGAAAGAACCACCUCUUACCAAUGGACACACUCACCUUCAUAAUGGUGCCUUAAAGCCAGAGGACCUGUCCCCUGUUACAGAUCCAACCUCUGUUGACAUGGAGCUGCCUGAAUACAGAGCCAAGACUCCUCCAAGACAAUUUCAGACCAAACCUGACCCCUAUGAGUUCCCCCACAGUCCUCCAAAGCAAUCCGACCAUUCUCUCGAUCUUUUGGAGUUAUCCCUGUCACCGGGAGACGAGGAGCAAAGAACUAAACCUUCACCUCCAAGGGAUCAGGAAGCAGUCAACACCCACCUACACCCGAAACAGCACCCGCCAUCGUCUCAAUUCGAUUCCAACUCUGAAAAGACACUCAGAUCAUCCGCAUCUUUUCAACACUCUCCACCUCGACUAAAUGGAAGUCACCAUAAUGCCUUUUCAUCCGACCCCGCCUCACUGAAUAACAUGACAGCCAAACCAGAUCCUCCCUCUGACAAGUCAUCUUCAUCAUCAUCAUCUAAGUCUUCAACGCAGCUGCAGGCACAGACGAGCGGCUUGCUCUCCGAGUUCUACUCUCACUCACGUUUUCACCAGAUCUCCACAUGGAGGUCGGGCUUCUCCGAGUAUGUCAACGAGCUGCACAGCAAACGGAAAACAGCAGGGGGCGCCUCCUUUCCAGGGAAAGAGCGACUGAGGAAAUCUUUGGGACAGCGCCUGGUAGACAGUCAAGGUACGUCAGCAUCCACAAGUGUCAAGUCUUGUAUUUUUCAUGUGGACAUGGACUGUUUCUUUGUGUCUGUGGGGAUCCGACAUCGACCUGAGCUCAAAGGGAAGCCUGUUGCUGUGACCAGUAACCGUGGACAGGUCCGAGUGCCCCAGAGAGCCGGGGCUGACCCUCUGCUGGAGCAGCAGUACUACCAGAGGAAAAAAGCUCAGCCUCAACCUGAGAGUGCAGAUGGAGAUCUGUACAGAACUCCCUCGCAGGAGAGUCCAGACUCGCAUGCUAACGGAGUGGACCAGGAUGUUGCUACUCUCUCGAUGGCAGAGAUUGCAUCCUGCAGUUAUGAAGCUAGGCAGGCGGGCGUGCGAAAUGGGAUGUUUUUCGGCAAGGCUAAGCAGCUGUGUCCCUCACUGGUGUCUGUCCCGUAUGAUUUUGAGGCCUACAAAGAGGUGGCUAUCACCAUGUAUGAAACUCUUGCAGGUUACACUCAUGACAUCGAGGCUCUGAGCUGUGAUGAACUGUUGGUAGACGCUUCUGCGCUGCUAGCUGAGCUCGGCAUUGCUGCAGAAGACCUAGCCAAAGCAAUCCGGGCCGACAUCAAGGAGAAAACAGGAUGUAGUGCCUCAGUGGGCAUGGGAUCCAACAUCCUGCUUGCUCGGCUGGCGACUCGCAAGGCUAAACCUGAAGGACAGCACUUCUUAAAGAGUGAGGAAGUGGAUGAUUUUAUCAGAGAUCUGCCAGUGACCAGCUUACCAGGUGUUGGGCCUGUUAUGGGCAGAAAGCUCUCUGCUAUGGGUGUAAGGUCAUGCGGGGACCUCCAGCAGGUGUCUCUGUCUCAGCUGCAGAAGAAGUUCGGACCCCGGACUGGACAAACCCUGUUUCGUUUCUGCAGGGGGCUGGACGACCGGCCGGUCCGCUACGAGAAGGAGAGGAAGUCUGUGUCAGCUGAGAUGAACUACAACAUUCGCUUUACAAAGGUUGACGAGGCUGAGUGUUUCCUCACUAACUUGUCCAUGGAGGUGCAAAAGCGUUUACAAGAAGCCGGGUUAAGGGGUCGCAGAGUCACUCUCAAAAUCAUGGUUCGCAAAGUAGGAGCUCCACUGGAGCCGGCUAAAUAUGGCGGUCAUGGCAUUUGUGACAACCUCGCCAAGACUGUGAUGCUGGCUCAUUCCACUGACAGCGGUGAGCUGAUCGCCACUGCAGUCAUCAAGUUGUUUCAUGGCAUGAAGCUGCCGGUUGAAGACCUGCGAGGAAUCGGCAUCAUGGUUCAGCUUCUUGAUGGAAACUCUGUCACGCAGGACUCCACCAGCACCAGGACUCGCUCCAUCAAAGACAUGCUGCUCGGUCAGGGAACAAGUGUGAGAUCCAGCAGCAGAGGUUUGUGUCCUGUCCUUACUUUUGUUGUGUUUAUCUCUUUGUUGCUGUCUUUAAAAUCAGUUUUCCUGAUGUCUGUUGUUACAGAUGCUGCAGAAAACAACAGACAUCAGGAAAAGAUUUCCUCAUCCAGAGCACCAUCAACCAACUCCUCUCCAUUUCCUCUGAUUCCUGCUGAGCCAGUACCAGGGACAAGCGGAGAUCAGCAGGUGUGCAGACAAACUCCGAAGCAUACUCGAACUCGCCUCAACUUCAGUAUCGAAGUCCCGUCCCCUUCACAGGUGGAUCGUUCCGUGUUGGAGGCUCUCCCCGCAGAGCUGAGAGAACAGGUGGAGCAGUGUUGGACUAAUCGAGACGGGAGGCCAAGUAACCGUCAGCCUCCCAGUCCACAUACCUUUGCUGCUCCUCCUCCACAACCUCCCUCCCUGAAGUCCCGUCCAGCCUCCCCUCCUCAUCCUCUAGUGUCUGUUUCUGCAUUGUACUCUCCUCCUGUCGGCACGCUGGUCCUGCAGAUUCCAAACCAGCCUGACAGUCCGGGAAUUGUUCUGGAACUACCAAGUUUUUCACAGGUCGAUCCAGAUGUUUUUGCUGCCCUUCCCAAAGAGCUCCAGGAGGAACUGAAGUCAGCCUACAACCGUGUUACAAACAUCCAGCCACAGGCAAAAAUCUCUGUGGAGCAGAAGAAUCCACUGUUGCAGCUCAAACAGUCAGGAGUCGGGAUUGGUAUCGGUCGUGUGAAGCGACGCUACAAGAGAAAAAAUGCAGUGAGCCCGCUUAAAAACGGUCCGUCUCCUCUGAAGAAGCGCCACAUGAUCAACAGCCCAGUCAAGACAUUACCACUACCUUUAAAAUCACGGGAGACAGUGACCAUGGUAAAGAGUGAAACCUGUCCCUCCUCCUCCUCAACCUCUAAAGCCAUCAUCCCAGAGUCUCUUUCUAAAUUCAUCCCCCGCCCAGCUCCUGCAUUGGCCGGAGCCUGCGACCUCACCGACAUAAAAACGCUUCUACGGGAGUGGGUCGCCACCAUAACAGAACCCAUGGAGGAAGACAUCCUGCAGGUGGUGAAAUACUGCACUGAUCUGAUUGAAGAUAAAGAUCUGGAGAGGCUGGAUCUGAUCAUAAAAUAUAUGAAAAGAAUCAUGCAGCAGUCUGUGGAGUCUGUUUGGAGCAUGGCUUUUGACUUCAUACUGGACAACGUGCAGGUGGUUGUGCAGCAGGCUUACGGGAGCACCCUGAAGAAGGAAAUGGCCAGACGUUGAAAUUGGCCAGUCUUGACUUCUCUAAACUGGCUUGUGCCUGAAGACCUGAAGCUGUGAACUUGUUUGUAAGUUUUCUAAAUCUUGGUAAUAAACUGUAAACUCUGUAUUAA